GUUCUGGUUGUGGUUCAGUUUCGGACUUCAAUAAAGACACACCUGUGAACAUGGAGAGUCUGCAGGAUCAUGACAAGGUGUUGCGGCUGGUGGAGAAAUACUGCAACCUCAGGUCACUUCCAGUGGCACAUUUCGAGGGACCAGAAGAACCAGUGAGGCCUUCAUCUCUGUCACCCUGCAAACCAUUUGAUCAAACAUUGAUUCUUCGAAUACCCUCCUCAGACAUAGAGUCUGACUCAUUAGAUCGUUCUAGAUCUGCAAGAAAAGCCCAGAAUGUCCCGAGGCAGCUGGCGAAGAUCGCUGAGUCGGCACCGAUCACCGAGCAGAACCUCCAGACCCAAGAUGAGAUCAUCCAGAAACUCGUCGAGCUGAUGAUAACACUUGGAGAUGACAUUAAUGUGAAGCUCAAACAGAACCCGUCCCUGCAGCAGCAGCUCCAGAACUUGAACUACAACCUGUUUGAGAAGCUGACGUGCACCGUGCAGAACCUGGUGGCGCCACCGGGCCAGGCGGCAUGCCCAGACGGUCUGGUCCAGAAGCAGAGGAUCGCCUGGGCCUUUGAGGUGACCAGCAGACUGUCCUCUGUCACUGUGGUCCACCGGAGGGCGAUACAGCACUUUGGAGCCCGAUACAUCGCAGAGAACCACGCUGGCUGGGUCCAGCAGCAAGGAGGCUGGGAGGAAGCUUUUGACUGAACAGCGGGUCUGUCAGAUGGAGAAAAGUAAACUGUGAACGACUUGUAGAUAUUUAUUUUUUAUUAUGAAGAUGUUGCUCUGAAAAUUUUGAAAUAAAAUCAAAAUGAAG